GACUGUUCAGCCGGGAGCUGGAGCUCUCAAAUCCAACUCAAGAAGACAGAGCAGGACACUGCACACUUCUGCAGAACCCACUACUCAAAGCAACAUUAGAUCAACAGCAAUGAAGACAACACUGGCAACUCUGACUCUGUGCCUGGUGGUGCUCAUGGCCACAGGUUUCCCUCUGGAGAGGAAAGGGGGCUCACCCUCUGGCCAUGCAGCCAAGGAGAAGCGUGUACAGUACGCAGCGUGGGACGACGUGAAUGUCAUCGCCCAUGGCCUCCUUCAGCUGGGACAGGGGCUGAAGGAGCACGUGGACAAGACCAAAGUCCAGAUGAGGGACAUCUCCAGCAAACUGAAGGUCUUCAACCGCACCGUGACUGAGCUGGGCAAGGAGAGCCAGAAGCUGCGUUUGGAGGGGGAGACCCUGAAAGCUCAAGCCCAGGGGCUGGAGGACAGAGAGGGGCAGCUGCUGAACAUCACAGCCGAGCUGAGGGAGAAGGCGGAGGAGAUGCAGCAGGAGAGGAGGACAAUGGGCGAGAGAAUGAGCCGGCUGGAGGAGAAGGUGGACAGCAUGCUGCAGGGAGACAUGAUGCUGUCUGAGACAAACCCUGGGGCCAAGAACAACAGUGAUGCUCACAACAUCCAGCUCAUGCUGGAGGGCCAAAACAGACGCAUUGAUGAUCUGAUGGAGAGGAUCCGACUCCAGCAGGAGAAGCUUGACAAGCAGAAUGUGCGAAUAAGGACGCUGCAAAGUCAGCUCCAGCAGUCAAGACAGAGACCACUUGUGCGCAGCAGUGACAGCUCGGUGGCAGAGCAACGCGACUCACCAGUCGAGAUGGCGUCAGACUGUCAUGAGCUCUUCCUAAGAGGGGAGACCAACAGCGGGGUCUACACCAUCCAGCCAAUCAAUGCAGAGCCCUUUAAAGUCUUCUGUGAGAUGACAGCUGAUGGUGGGUGGACAGUGAUCCAAAGGCGCCAAGAUGGCUCAGUGGACUUCGACCAGCUGUGGCAGGACUACGAGAAAGGCUUUGGCAGCCUGAAUGGAGAGUUCUGGCUGGGUCUGGAAAAGAUGCACCGCAUUGCUAAAGACGGAAGCUACAUCCUGAGCAUCAAGCUGUCCGACUGGAGUGGCGAUGUAGCAUCCGUGCGCCUCCCCUUCAAACUAGGCGGGGAAGACACAAAGUACUCACUUCAGAUCCCAGAGAUCCGCACUUUUAGCACACUGGAGACUUCUCUGGGGACUGACGCCACCUCCGGCCUGCCUUUUUCCACCCGCGACCAAGACAACGACCAGAAAAAUGACACCAACUGCGCUAAGCACCUCUCUGGCGGCUGGUGGUUCAGUAACUGUGGCCGCUCUAACCUGAAUGGCCGAUACUUCCAGAGCCCUCCACCCAAGCAGCGACAUCAGAGGAAGCAGAGCAUCUUCUGGAAGACCUGGAGGGGGCGCUAUUACCCUCUGAAGUCCAGCAUGAUGAUGAUUGCCCCCGCUGCCAUCGAAAACAAGUCUUAAACAAUAGAGAGAGACUGAAAGAAAACAAGGAGAGAGAGGGAGAAAGAAGUAGAUUUUGGACUAUUCUUUCUUUUCUUGGUUCUUAGUUGAUGAGGUAGAGGUUUUAAUUUCCCCUGUUUGACGCCAUGCGAGGAAGACCUCACACCAGAGCCAAAGCCCUCAAAAAGGAACUCACAUACUCUGUGUUCCAGGUUUUCGUUUCUCUGUUCCUUUGAGAGAUGAGCAGAUUCCUCCCCUGCAUGUACAGAUGGAAAAAGAGACAGUAGAAGCUUGUAAACACUUUCAAGUUGAUUCCUUCUGUUGCGUGAAGCAGGGGGCUCAUAGUCAGGAGAGCAUCACAGGGCGAGUCCCAGCAUGUCCAACAUGCUGUAAACCACAAUGUGUCAACACUCAUAACAGACAUUUGAUGUGUGGGCUGUUGUGGGUUUGUAGCAAAAAAAUAGAGCAAUCUGAGCUCAAAAAGCAGCUUAUGAAUAGCUCAUGAGAGGAUGCAUGUAGGAGAGAAAUAAAGGCAGAUUAAGCAGGCCUUUUAAACCCAAUGGUGCGGACCAAAUGGCGACUUAAUUAAAACAAAGAGUAAUUUUCCACAUGAACAUGUUGAGAUUAGUGUUCAAAGGCAUUAUGUAAAGUUACAAAUCACUGUAGAGUAGGAUUAUGAUGGAGAAACAGUGUUAAGACUGGUGUUAGAAAUUAGUUCACACAGCACUGAAGACCAUUUCAGCCUUUUGUACUCCACAAUUUCUGACAGCAACUUUGAAUUCAGUUCAGCUUUUUCUUCACUGACUUUCACUUCCUGUGGAGAAUUUGAUGAUUUUAAGUCACAUUGACUUUCUUAAAGGUGCGAGACAUGGUUUUGUACAUACUGUAUGAAGGACUCAUUUGUCUUUUCUAAAAUAUAACUGUUACUGUUUUGUCGUGGCAUUAUCUGUCAUCCCUGUGACUUGAGACUUUGUUCUUGUAGAUGUUCCCUUUUCUUAUUUAAAAGCUGUAAAGAAUCAAAGUAUACAUAUAUAUAAAUAUAUAUAUAUAUUUCUGGUGCUUCUUGUUUGUAAUUUAUAUUGUCUUUGUUGUGAUAUUGUAAAUCUGUUUUUUAAGAGAGAAUAACCUUUUUUUGGCCAUAAUGAGCCAAUAAAUGAUUCAAACUAA